GUCCUCUGCAUCUUUCACUCCUAUCUUUACUUUUCGGGUUAAUCUGCUCUGGUCACAUACAAACAGGGAACAGUCUCACCUGGGACCAGCCUGGCUCUGACCAGACCAGCACUGACCUGCUCAAGUCCAACCGCAAGUUUCGCUGGUCCAGAGAAGCCCAGUACUUGUACCUUCGCCGCCUCUCUUCACGCAGCUUCUCGGCUAUUACGAUGAACCCGGUCAUGGAGGAGACCGUGUGGGAGCAGUACACCGUGACCCUGCAGAGGGAUCCGAAGAUGGGCUUUGGCAUCGCAGUGUCAGGGGGGCGGGACAACCCGAAUGAUGAGAGUGGAGAGACGUCCAUUGUAGUGUCCGACGUCCUGCAGGGAGGACCUGCUGAUGGCUUUUUGUUUGAGAGUGACCGAGUGAUGCAGGUGAACGCCAUCCCCAUGGAGGGGGCCAUGCACUCCUUCGCUGUCCAGACCCUCAGGAAGUGUGGCAAAGUGGCAAAAAUUACAGUCAAGAGGCCCAGAAAGGUUCCAGUAAAUAUGCUGAACCGUCCCCCGUCACCUGAUGACAGAGUCUUUAACAACGACUACAAUGAAGAUUACAACUACGAGCAGGACGGCCGCAGUGUGUACAGCGCCCGGAGUGGAGGCGGGCGGGACCACAGCCUGGAGAGGGAGCGAGGCGGGGGAGGCUACAUGGAUUCUGGCUACCAAACACGCGAGCGCGACUACGACAGGGACUAUGACCGUCGGGAACGUGGCAGGAGCACGGAGAGAGACCUGAGCCCGGACCGACAGUACAGGAGAGAUGGCAGCCGAGGUCGUACUUUGGACAGAGAACGCAGCCCGGAGCGCCCCUACAGGGUCGACCACAGCCCGGACAGAAGGUACCGCAGCGAGCGCACAUUAGACAGAGGCCACAGCCCCGAUCGGCGCUACCGCAGUGAGCGAGCCCUUGACCGGGAGGUCAGCCCAGACAGACGCUACCGCAGCGAGCGAACGCUGGACCGUACCCACAGCCCAGACCUGCGCCACGGACGGGACAACCACAGCCCGGCACGAGGCCGUGGACGCGAGCACAGCUUCGAGCGAGGGCGUGAACACAUCCCCAGCGACCUGAGGAAGUUCGAGGAGCCGCUGAGGAGGAGUGGGAGCAGGGACCGUCUGGAGCGUUCGCCCUCACCUGCUGCCUUGCCCAUCCCUCUGCCCCGCCCCGCCCGAGACAUGGAGCCACUGGAGAAACCCAUGAAUGUGCUUCUGCUGAAGAACCGGCCCAACGAAGAGUAUGGCCUUCGUCUUGGCAGUCAGCUCUUCAUCAAAGAGAUGACUAGCACAGGACUGGCCUGCAGAGAUGGGAACCUGCAGGAAGGGGACAUUAUAUUAAAGAUUAACGGUACGGCGACAGAAAACUUGUCGCUCUGCGAUGCAGGGAAGCUGAUCGAAAAGUCCCGCGGGAAGCUGCAGCUGGUGGUGCAGAGAGACAAACAGCAAGUGCUGAUCCGAGUCCCCCCGAUGGUGGACAGCGACUCGGAGCUCGAUGAUAUCUCCGAGAUCGAGUCGUACCGCUCCUACUCCCCACAGGAUGACAGGCGGGGCCACCACUCCGACCUCUCCUCCCACUCCUCCAAUGAGAGGCUUAGAGAGAAGUCAAGAGAGGACCCACCCAACAGACUGGCAAAAAUGGGCGCCAUGCCAACACCAUUCAGAGUUCCCGACAGGGCUGUAGAAGACAAUCCCCCUUUGCAGGCAGAGAGGGAGGAGCCACGAUCAGAAACUCCACCAGUACCAGCAGUAACUGCAGCCCCGAGGGUUCAUGCUGCUCAUAAGGUGCCACUGAAGCCAAACGUAGAGGACCAGGAAGUUUAUGGGCCGAACACAGUGAUGGUGCGUUUCCAUAAAGGGGACAGCGUGGGUCUGAGGCUGGCAGGGGGAAACGAUGUCGGCAUCUUCGUCGCUGGCGUUCAGGAGGACAGCGCAGCUGAGCAGGAGGGUCUCCGCACAGGAGACCAGAUCAUGAAGGUGAACAACAUGGACUUCAGAGGCAUGGUGCGGGAGGAUGCCGUCCUCUACCUCCUGGAGAUUCCCAAAGGAGAAGAUGUAACCAUUCUUACUCAAAGCAAACCUGAAGUGUACAAGGACAUUCUAGCAUCUGGCAGAGGUGAUUCUUUCUUCAUCAGGACCCACUUUGAGUACGAGAAGGAGGCUCCUCAGAGCCUUCCUUUCACCAGAGGAGAGAUCUUUAAAGUGACGGACACACUUUAUGAUGGCAAACUGGGCAACUGGCUGGCAAUCCGCUCUGACAAAGACAACCAGCUGCGGGAGAAAGGAAUCAUCCCCAACAAGAGCAGAGCAGAGCAAAUGGCCAACGUCCAGAAUGCUGCCCGGGCUGCAUCAGGCAACGACAGAGGAGACUUCUGGAGGCUGAGAGGUCAAAGGGCGGCGAAAAAGAAGGACUUACGCAAGAGCCGAGAGGACCUGAGUGCAGCUCCAGUCUCCACAAAAUUCCCUGCAUAUGAGAGGGUGGUCUUACGUGAAGCUGGUUUCAAGAGGCCCGUGGUGAUAUUUGGGCCCAUUUCCGAUGCGGUGAAUGAAAAACUGGGCAACGACAUGCCAGACGAGUUUGUCGUCGCCAAAACGGAGCCAAAAGACGCAGGAAGUGAGAAAUCCUCCGGAGUGGUGAGACUAAACACCAUCAGACAAAUCAUUGAACAGGACCGUCAUGCUCUGUUGGAUGUGACCCCCAAAGCUGUUGACACCCUAAACUACACCCAGUGGUAUCCCAUCGUCCUCUUCCUGAACCCAGACAGCAAGCAAGGCGUCAAGACCAUGAGGAGCCGCCUCGUACCCGGAUCCACCCGCAGCGCACGCAAACUGUAUGAGCAGGCCGUCAAGCUGAGAAAGACCUGCUCGCACCUUUUCACUGCGUCUGUGGACCUGAACUCGGCCAAUGACGCUUGGUAUGGCAGCGUGAAAGAUUCAAUCCGGGAGCAGCAGGAGAGAGCUGUGUGGGUGUGUGAGGGCAAGUUGGACGGUUCAGAGGAGGACCUGGAUCUCCACGACGACCGCAUGUCCUAUCUAUCAGCAAUGAGCGCGGACUACCUGAGCAUGGACAGCCGCCUCACCAGCGACUAUGAAGACACAGCGGACGAGGGCGGGGCUUACACUGACAACGAGCUGGACGAGCCGUUGGACGAGCCCCAGCCGGUGUCUGCCAUCAGUCGGUCCUCCGAGCCGGUGCUGCCGGAUGAGAAACCUCAUCCUGAACCCCGGGCUCGAAUGAGGAGGUCAGGGAGCAGAGAGAUGCUGAACAGAGAGCCCAGCCCUCCCCCUCCCUUUGUCCCCGAACCUCCCAAGGUGCGGGCUCAGACUCGGACUGACUCAUCGCGGAGCUAUGACUCACACUCCAGCAGCACCAUCAGCAGCGAUGUAGUGGCCGUAAACAAGCCGCUCCCCCCUCCCGUGGCCCUGAAGCCCAACAUCCCGCGGCCGAGCCAUCCGUCAGAGGAGCCGAGGCCGGGGGAAGAGGACCCCGCCAACAAAUCCUUCCUGGGCAAGAUUAAAGCUUUUGAGAAAAUGGACCAUCUGGCCCGAGCUCAAAGGAUCCUGGAGCUACAAGAGGCAGAAAAUGCAAGAUUGGAAAUCGCCCAGAAGCAUCCAGACAUCUACGCUGUCCCAGUGAAACUGCCAAAACCCAACCUCAACCGUCCUCAGCCAAUAGGUUCAAGCUCCAAUCCCGAGCAGCCCUUCAGGCCUCCGCACUCAGAGUCGUCCCGAGGAUUUCAGGAUGAAGAGGCGGAGUACCGCAGACAGCUGGCCGACCAGACCAAGAGAGGAUACUACAAACCUCAGAGAUACAAUGACACUGAGCUGUAGGCUGAGACACCAGGAAGUGACAUCAUCACUGCACACGGCUGGAUUCCUCCCACAUCAUGGCUAUAAGCAGACUACGUUUGUUGCCAUAGUAACAACUUAUGCAACUUUACCUUGAUGUGAACUCUCCGAAGUUGUUGUUUGUAUUCAGAUUUCACCACUUAUUCCAGACACUUUUCAAUACACACAGUGUAUUUUGGCAGAUUUACCGUCCUAAACGAAAACUCACCCUUUUCACAGAUAUUUCAGUGUAUAUAUUGUUUUGAUGUGUCUGAAGAGGUUUUAUCCCAUUACACUAAUAACUAGCCCCAGUUUUUCUCUGAUGCAUUACCAUUGCAUUUGAGUCACAGAGCUAAGCAGGUUUUUCUGAAAGAUAAUUAGCCCAGGAGGUUGUUAAACUGCAUAUUUUUUGUAGUUUUAAAGGUACUAGGGCAGUUUCCGGUUCAGAGCAUGGUCGUUCCAAGCACAUGCCUGUUUGGAGCAGGCCAAUUGCUUGGCCCCUACAGAAUUUUGGAAAGGAGCAAUAUUGCAAAUAUACAAAUUAAGCAAGGACAUAUGGCCAGCACCCAUCUUUGUUUUCAUCAGGAAAAAGAGUUUUAAGGAUUCUGGGUUUGCCUUUAGUAAAUCAUUAGGUGUUGUUGGAGGACCUUUUGGGCUUUUGAAAGAUGCCAGGUUUAUAUUUUGCAGAAGAACAGAUGCUUACCUUUGUUACUAGAAUGUAAUGCAAAGACAGAAACUGGAGGUAAAACUAUGAAAGAACCAAAUCAUACAUAUGGUACUGUAGGCUAUGUACAGUAUCUAGACAAUGUUUUGCUCUGUGACCCACCAAUGUUUGACCCCCCACACCAUUAACCAGCUUUUUUUUUUUAAAAAUCCAACUGUGUGUCAGUAUGAGUUAUACACAAAUAGAAUGCUGCAGGGAAGACAACCCCGGAAAUUAGCAUCUCACUGGUUCCCUUGACUAAAGCCAAUGGUAUUUAACCAUUGGCUUUGGAUUAUCACAGAAAAUAGGCUUUGUGGCAAACACGUUUGAUACUUGCAGGUUUUGUUCAGCUAGACAAUUUUCACAAAUUAACACUUUUAUAACCUUUUUUAAAGAUCAGUAAAAACUAUUAAAUUCAUUAGUGAUAUUUACUGAAGUAUUUUAUGUCGUAGAACAAAACGUUAAUAUAUCUCAAGCUUGUGUUAACCACAGACCUUAUUUCACACAUCUAACAAAACACAAUAAAAAAAAUUAAUAAAAAUGAUUGACUUUGAGACAAAGUGCUAAUAUGCUGACUAAUUUCCGGGUUUAGGAUUCAUUCCUGCACCAAUCUUUAGGUGUGUUUUUCUUCCUCUUCUAAUGACUCUCCUGCUAAGUCUUCUCUGAUUUAUAUUAUAUAUAUUUUACACAUACCUACUACACUGUGUAAUAUGUGUGGGAGGCAGCAUUUUUUAACAAGUGCCUUGUAGCUGUAAUAUAAGCUUGGAGAAAAAAAAAACUAAGAGACAGCAUAAGGUUCUUAGAAGGACCUACUGAAAAUAUAUUUUAAGUACCUCUUUUCUGUAUUGUCAAUACUGACGAAAUACAAGUUGCAAAUUUUUAACUGGAAACUGUCCUCCUGCCAUUUCAGUUUCCCCUAUAUUUGCCAUUUGGUACAGAAGCACAUCGUCUUCACCAAAGAAUAAUUCUGGAUGCAAAGUUGUAGUUAUGAGAUACAGAAGGAUCUCAUAAAUGCAACAUCUGUGUUUAUGGGAUAACAAAUUACAACAUCUGGAAGCCUUUCUGUAUUUAACUCAGCUGGAACAGACAGACCAGGUAAAUCAUGUGACAGAUUUCACUGGUAAAAUGUGUCAUGUACAACAUGUUCAGAUGAUGGGGAACACUUAAGAUUUGGAUAUAAGGGGUGCAGCACAACAUAACACCAACGUAUGUUUGUCUUUAUUAACGGCUUGCCACCAGAGACCAUCCCAGUUAUUGCAUAAAUGUUUUUAUAUUGGACCUACACUGAACUCAGUCAUGUCUUUGUACACUGGAUCAUGUGGGGAUGACAAUCAUGUGGGUGUUUCAGUUUAAAUGUCUGUUAGUUUGUGAUUGUUCUCUUUUUUUAGUUUGUGAUCUCCUUUGUGUUACAGAACAGACUCUUGGUAAAUUCAAAUAAAUAA